GUGACUUCCAGAUCCACCCAAAGAACCUCAUCGUGGGGCCCAAGUGUUGGCGGGGGAACGAGCUGCAGAGGUGCAUCCGCAAGAAGCAGGUGGUGGGAGAUCGGAUGUUUAUAGAGGACUACCACAAACUCAACAAGAGGAUCCGGUACUUGUACAGGCGCUUCAAUCGUACUGGGAAGCACCGCUAG